GAUAUCGGAGAGUUGGCUGCGCUUACGGUGGCCAACGAGUCGCUCGAUAUGAACGGAUCGGCCGCUAACUCCCAAAUGAACACUGAAUUUAGAAAGACAUGGAAUCCUAAAUAUAUUCUUAAAUCACAUUUUGAUUGUGUCCGAUGUCUGCGAUUUCACGCCACAGAACCGCUGCUCAUAACCUGUUCUGAAGACGAAACAAUUAAACUCUGGAAUCUAAACAAAACCCAACAGUCAAACGAUAUCGGAGAGUUGGCUGCGCUUACGGUGGCCAACGAGUCGCUCGAUAUGAACGGAUCGGCCGCUAACUCCCAAAUGAACACUGAAUUUAGAAAGACAUGGAAUCCUAAAUAUAUUCUUAAAUCACAUUUUGAUUGUGUCCGAUGUCUGCGAUUUCACGCCACAGAACCGCUGCUCAUAACCUGUUCUGAAGACGAAACAAUUAAACUCUGGAAUCUAAACAAAACCCAACAGUCAAACAAAGGGAAACAACAACAACAGCAGCCAAUGGGUCCGACCGGUGGCACGACCUUUGACUUAGAGCCCGUUUAUACAUAUAGGGGCCACACAUCCCGAGUAUUAUCAUUAACGGUGAAUAGCAAUACGAUAUAUUCCGGGGCACAAAACGGUCAGCUAAUGAUUUGGUCGAUUCCGGCCAACAUCGCGAACAUUGAUCCGUACGACUCCUACGACCUCAACCUCCAGUUAUAUCAAAUCGAUGCCCACACGAACGCCAUCUGGUCUCUGGUGGCCAUCCCUUCGUCCACUUCCCCGACACCUAUACUGUGUUCGGCAGCUGCGGAUCAGACCAUUAAGAUAUGGGACACAUCACGAGCCACUUGUACUAAAACCAUUACAUUAGAAGGGAGUGUCCGACCGACUAGUUUGGCAGCCGUUGCGCCCCAUAAUAACAACAGUGAAAGUAGUUCUCCAUCACUACUGGCCGCUGCCUUCACUGACGGCUCAAUUAGCGUAUACGACUUGGAGGCUACGUCUGGUUCUAAGCCUGUGCUCACCUUCGAGGCGGGCGCACCCGGACGUGUCAACGCCAUUGCCGUACACCCGACUAUGCCUGUAGUGGUCAGCGCUCACGAGGACCGGCAGAUCAAGUUAUGGGAUCUAAAUAGCGGUAAAUGCAUUCACGCAAUGGUCGCACAUUUAGAUGAAGUGACAUGUCUUGCCUGUGAUCCCAAUGGACUGUAUUUAUUAAGUGGAAGUCAUGACUGUAGUGUCCGUCUGUGGAACUUCGACAGCAGGACAUGUGUUCAAGAGAUUACAUCCCAUCGCAAGAAGUUUGACGAAGCGAUAUUCGACGUGACAUUUCAUCCGAGUAGGCCUUACUUCGCCUCCGGCGGCGCCGACGCUUUGGCCAAAGUGUUUGUUUGAUUACAACUGUUGUCUAAUGUAUAUUGAGAUUGAAAUUUUUUGUUUGUUUGUGUUUCUCAUACACUCCACUCAAUUAUUAUAGUGUUUUUCUGUUUGCUAUUUAUUCCUCUCUCUUAUGUCUAAAUGCUAUCACUCUCUAUCCUCCCGUCCUUUCGCUAUCCCUUUCACACCAUUUAUCGCCUAUUAUUUAAUUAAUUAAAGUAUGAAAUAUAUCGACAAAAACUACUCCAUA